UCGAACUGUUUCGAAUUCGAUUCGAGAAUUUUCUGUCUAGUCCUACACUUCUCCCACUUUCUCUUUGUGCAAUUGUACGGAAGUCAAACCCGGCAUUAAGCAAAGAAUCGACAAAUAAUUGAAGCUCUUUAUCGGGUAAAUAAUUGAGCAAAAGGUGUGAAUUUAUGUCCCACAAUCAAUCAAGGGGUGAUCGGACCAAAUCCGGACAGUAUAGGAAAAUCGGUCGAUCCAGUAGCUUCAAUCAGCAGCGCCACUUAUCUGGCGAUUUCAAAGGUGACGGUGGUGGAGGGGGAGGCUCCUCCUCCGCCACUCCCUCUAUCUCCAACCGCAGUUCGAAUGUUAUUCAGGAUUCGAGCCAUUUAUUACCAGCGACUGUUGUACAGAACGUUGCUCAACUAUGUCAGCCACCACCUGGAGUAUCUGAUGCAUUAGUUACAAGUAAGAGUGUAAAUGUCACCCCGAUUAACGCCCCAGCUCAGAGAAUCUCCCAAGCUGUUCCAAGAUCUCCAUCUUCUACCAAUUCUUCUACUGCUAGCUCUGCAAUAUCUGCGAAGGCCGCAGCAGAUGCUUCCAGCUCAUAUUCUCUACAGUUUGGGUCUAUAGGUCCUGGAUUUAUGAAUGGAUUACAGAUUCCUGCUCGAACAAGCUCUGCCCCAGCAAAUUUGGAUGAGCAGAAAGAAGAUAAGGCCUGUCAUGACUCUUUAAAAGCUGCACAUGCAGUGCCAACUCCAACCAUUCCCAAACAUCGACUGCCGAAAAAAGACACUAGAGUCCUUGAUGAACCCAACACCAGUGAAGCUCAGCCAGUCUCCAAGUCCAAAAGGGAUGCACAAGUUUCAGCUGCACCUCCCUCAACUCAAAUUCAGUUGCAGGCCACGCCUACCUCAUCUUUGACAAACGGCCCAAACCCAAUACAAAUGGGGAUGUCUAUUCCUUUACUCAUGGGAAAUCCACCAAUGUCUGUAUCAGGUCCUCAACCACCAAAUGCGAUUCAGUCUCACGGAUUGACGCAUCAGGGUCAGAACUUGAACUGCUCAUCGCAAAUGGGUCAUCAGACGCCCCCUCAGUUUGGUAACAUGGGAAUUAUUAUGGCCCCACAAUUUCCUCCACAACAGGCUGCAAACUUCACUGCUUCUCGUAAAACCGUAAAAAUUACUCAUCCAGAAACUCAUGGAGGUCUGCAAAGGAAUAACUCUGAUUCGGACUGGUGGCAGCAUGGAACUGCCUUUCUGAAGGGUUCAAUGCCUUCUUCUCAGACACCAUUACAGGUGAUGCACAAAGCUGAGAAGAAAUAUGAAAUAGACAAAAUUUCAGAUGAGGAAGAAAUCAAGCAGAGGCAGUUGAAAACCAUCUUAAACAAGCUUAAUUCUCAGAACUUUGAAAAAUUGUUUGCGCAAGUGAGGCAAGUCAACAUUGACAAUGUUGUAACUCUCUCUGGGUUGGUCUCUCAAAUAUUUGAUAAAGCUUUGACGAAACCCACCUUCUGUGAGAUUUAUGCUAACUUCUGUUUUCAUCUAGCUGCGGAGUUGCCUGAUUUUAGCUUAGAUAAUGAAAAAAUUAAUUUUAGGAGAUUACUUCUGAACAAAUGCCAGAUGGAAUUUGAGAGGGGAGAAAGGGACGAAGAAGAGGUGAAGAAAGCUGAUGAGGAAGGUCAAGCUAAACACUCGGAAGAGAAAAGAGAGGAGAAGAGGCUCCGAGAACGGAGACACUUGUUAGGUAAUAUAAGACUAAUUGGAGAACUGUACAAAAAGAAAAUGCUAACAGAGAGACCAAUGCAUGAGUGCAUAAAGAAGUUGUUGGGCCAGUAUCAGAGUCCUGACGAGGAAGAUGUUGAAGCCUUGUGCGAAUUAAUGAGCACGAUUGGUGAGAUGAUGGAUCAUCCCAAAUCCGAGGAGUACAUGGAUGCCUAUUUUGACAUUAUGGCCCAGUUGUCAAACAACAUGAAACUGUCUUCUAGGGUAAGGUUCAUGCUGAAAGGCUUAAUUAAUCUGAGAAAGAAUAAGUGGCAACAGAUGAGGAAAGUUGAAAGGCCAAAAAAGAUUGAUGAAGUGCACAGAGAUGCUGCUGAAUUGGGUCCACAUGGAGAUCUGCAAAGGAAUAACUCUGAUUCUGACAGGUGGCAGUGUGAAACUGCCUUUCAGAGGGGUUUAAUGCCUUCUUCUCAGACACCAUUACAGGUGAUACACAAAGCUGAGAAGAAAUAUGAAAUAGGAAAAGUUUCAGAUGAGGAAGAAAUCAAGUGGAGGCAGUUGAAAGCCAUCUUAAACAAGCUUAAUUCUCAAAACUUUGGAAGAUUGCUUCAGCAAGUGAAACAAGUCAACAUUGACAAUGUUGUAACUCUCUCUGGGGUGAUCUCUCAAAUAUUUGAUAAAGCUUUGAUGGAACCCGCCUUCUGCGAGAUGUAUGCUAACUUCUGCUUUCAUCUAGCGGUGGAGUUGCCUGCUUUGAGUGUAGAAAAUGAAAGAAUUACUUUUAAGAGAUUACUUCUGAACAAAUGCCAGGAAGAAUUUGAGAGAGGAGAAAAGGAAGAAGAAGAGGCGAAUAAAGCUGAUGUGGAAGGUCAAGCUAAACAAUCGGAAGAGGAAAGAGAGGAGAAGAGACUCCGAGCACGGAGACGCAUGUUAGGUAAUAUAAGACUAAUUGGAGAACUGUACAAAAAGAGAAUGCUGACAGAGAGAAUAAUGCAUGAGUGCAUAAAGAAGUUGUUGGGCCAGUAUCAGAAUCUUGACGAGGAAGAUGUUGAAGCCUUGUGCAAAUUAAUGAGCACGAUUGGUAAGAUGAUAGAUCAUCCCAAAGCCAAGGAGCACAUGGAUGCCUAUUUUGACAUUAUGGCCAAGUUGUCAAACAACAUGAAACUAUCUUCUAGGGCAAGGUUCAUGCUGAGAGACUCAAUUGAUCUGAGAAAGAAUAAGUGGCAACGGAGGAGUAAAGUUGAAUGGCCAAAGAAUAUCAAUGAAGUGCACAGAGAUGCUGCUCAAUUUGACAGGCCUAUUGGGGGGGUCCAGACCAGAUCAUGAUGGAAGUGUCAUGGCUGAUAAGGACAAAUGGAGCAAAAUUCCUGGGCCUCUAAUGUCAGGGAAGGGAGAUAUGACAAUGGAUAUUGGUUAUGGGGGUAAUGUGCGGUUUCGGCCUGGUCAAGGAGGUAAUUAUGGUGUUCUAUGGAACUUUCGUGCACAGUCACCUGUUCAGCAUGCUGGGGGAAUCUUUUUCUGGGCCAAUGCAUUUCUAGGGGCCACAGGGAGGUUUUCAAAGGAAUAACUGAUUCUGACGUGGAACUUCCUUUCAAUGUGUUCAGUGUUUUUAAGAUUACUCUUUUCAGUAUCAUAAGGUCUUCACUGCUUUACCUGUUUGGUGUAUAUUUGUAGCAAAUAAGGCAAAUAUGCCAUUAUUACCCAUGUAUAGCCUUAUCAUCCUGUCCUAGUUACAAAAUUGUACUCCCUUCAACUUUAAAGAUUUGAUUGGCAAAACAUUUGUUGGGUGGGUUUAAGGAUUUUGACCACGGUUUUUGUCAA